AUGGCCGCCAACAAGAAGAAGAGAAUAAUGGUGCUUCGUGAGGAGGGGGCAGCUGCGCCCAUGGCACUGCACUCGACUGCCUCUCCCCCUGACCUAUUUGGUGCCCUAAAAACAGGGCAAGCAAGUGCAGUUGUAGCCAACGAGGAAGCAAAUAUUGCAGCAACAUACACUCCAGGCUCUGUAAUGGGUGUUGGUCUUACAUUGAACUCCGCUGUCAGGUCUAAUAACCAACCAGAUAAUUUACCACCGGAGAGCACCUGCAGAGGUAUCAAGGUGAUGUUGGACAACAACAAUAUGUGGAAUGAGUUCUUCAGAUGCAAAACCGAGAUGAUACUAACCAAACAAGGCCGGAGAAUGUUCCCUUAUUGCCGCUUUCGCAUCUCUGGUUUGGAUCCCUUCCAGAAGUACAAUCUGCUCAUGGAUAUCAACCCAAUGGACAACAAACGUUACAAGUGGACUGGGAAAAACUGGCAAAUGAGUGGAAAGGCAGAAGCCCAUGUGCUGAGACAGAUCUUCAUCCACCCAGACUCUCCAGCUUCUGGUCACCAAUGGAUGCAGAACCCAGUUUCAUUCUACAAGCUUAAGCUCACUGACAACACCAUGGACCAGGAGGGCAAUGUCAUUUUGCACCCAAUGCACCGAUACUUACCGCACCUCCAUGUGGUCUCAGCUGAAAUGGCUACAGAGGAUAUUCAGCUCAAUGGGCCUGACGUAAUAACCUUCACCUUUCCCCAGACUGAGUUCUUUGCUGUAACAGCCUACCAGAACUUACGCAUGUCUCAGUUUAAAGCGGACUUCAACCCUUUUGCAAGUGGACCCUCUUGGGCUCUAAAGCUGAAAACGAGUCCCUCCAAUGAUUCGAAGAAGAAUGAAACCAGAUCUCCCAAUGAACUCAAGCCUAUGAAAGGCUUGAAUGGCCUGAAAUCUUUGAUGGCGGCAAAACACAGCUGUAAAGACACUUCAGCAGUAGAUAAAGGACUCUGCAGCGCUGAUGCUCAAAAUGUUACACUUACAGACAGUGAAACCAGAUCUCCCAAUGAGCUCAAGUCUGUGAAAGGCCUCAGUGGCCUGAAGUCUUUGAUGGCAAAACGUAACUCUAAAGACACUUCAGCAGUAGAUCAAGGACUCCUCAAUUCAAAUGCUCAAAAUGUCACCCUUGCAGAUGGUGACAAAUCUGAGGUCAACAUUGAUGGACCCAGCUCCAGGCUGAAAUCUAGUCCCUCCAAUGAGAUGAAGAAAGACCCCAGCCAGUCUCCCAAUGAGCUCAAGUCUGCGAAAAGCCUGAAUAAUCUUAAGUCUUUGAUGGCAAAACGCAACUCUAAAGAUACUUCUGCAGUAGGUCAAGGACUUCUCACUUCCGAUACUCAAAAUGUUAUGCUUGCAGACAGUAACAAGUCUGGGGUCAAAAUAAGUCCCUUAAAUGAGUCGAAAAAAGAAGACACCAAAUCUAACUAUGAACUCAAGCCUGUGAAAAGCCUGAAUAACCUGAAGUCUUUGAUGGCAAAACGCAACUCUAAAGACAUGUCAGCACUAGAUAAAGGAGUCCUCAGUGCAGAUACUAAAAAUGUUACACGUGCUGACAGUGACAAGUCCUGGGUCAACGCUAAUGAACCCAGCUCCUGCACUCCAAAGUUGAGAUCAAGUCCCUCCAAUGAGUUGAAAAAAGUAGAAACCACAUCUCAGAAGGAAUUCAACCCUCUUAGAAGUAAUCUGAGGUUUUUGAUGGCAAGACUCAACUCUAAAGACACUUUAGCGGUAGAUCAAGGACUCCUCAGCUCUCAUGCUCAAAAUGUUACACUUGGAGAAUCUGACAAUUCAAGGGUUAAAGAUAAUGCACCCAGCUCUCGCAAGAAAUCAAGUCCCUCCAAGAUGAAGAAAGAUGAAACCAUAUCUCCCAAGGUGCGCAAGCCUGUGAAAAAUACCCGAAAGUCUUUGCGCGGAAAACGCAACUUCCUAAAGACUUCAGUAGCAGAUCAAGGACUCACCAGCUCCGAUGCUCAUACUGCUACAGUUGCAGACAGUGAAAAGUCAGUCUGCAACAAAGAGUCGACUGAUCAAAGUUCCUGGUAAGUUCUCAUGUUCAGUAAGCUACAUGUUAGCACUUUACUUUUUACUUUAAAAUGCACUGCUAAUCUUUUGCAUUUCUCUUUUGAGCAGUACAACAGGUCCUCCCCAAAGUAACCUUGACUCAGCUGAUUCGGGAGUGUCAUCUGAAAAUAAGAAGGUGCAAUGUGGAGAUAACCAAUACAGCUUGCAAUGUUGAGCAAACAGACACUAAGGGCAUGGUUGCCAAAGGCAAAGUUGUGGAAGUAGCUGUGAAUGACAAUCUGUCCCAGAUUCCUGAAGCGUUGUCUGGGAAAACUAUUAAAAAGGUGGGAACCCAGGACAAUGGGAAUACAAUUGACAGUGAAAAGGACCUCUUCAUUUCAUCUCAGUCACAGGAACCUGUGAAGACCCAUGUGACAAUCAUUGACCAUUCAGCAGAUGAAGUUGAAAGCAGUCAAAAGGCUUCCCAGAGCACCUCAGUGAGCUCUGAAGCAAAAAGGACAGGUUCUAAUGAACAGCAGCAGGGGAAGGCUAAACCACACAAACGACCUGAACCUGUGCCUUUGCCCCUGCUUGCACUCUACCUUCAACAGUUGAAGUCGAAAUCCAGACCUGUUAGGACCAAACCAAAAUCUCCUUUGCCUUCUACUUCAUCCCCAUCUUCUGCUGGCCCAGCCACCGACCCAGCAAUGGUCCCCACUGGAUAUGCUGUUCCUCCAGCCAGUGAUCCUGUAGUUCAAGUCACUGAUCCUGCUGGUCCAGCUCUCGAUCCCGUUGUUCCAGCCAUUGCCCCCACUGGGCCAACCAUAUACUAUGCUGGUGUACCCACCGAUAUUUCAGUCCCAAACACAGAUUUUUUGGUUCCUGCCACAGACUCAUUGUUACCAGAACCUGACCCAGUAUUUACCUACUACUGAUCUGUCAUUACUUGUCCCUGAACCUACCUUAUCCAUUGCACUAUCAUCCCACACUCCACCCCUCAUGUUGCCAUUCCCUGACCCAUUGUUACCAGCCCCCGACUCAUUAAUACCAGCCCCUGCCUUGUCAUCCCCAGCCCAAGAACUGCCAUCUCCUGUAGCCGUCACAUUGAACCUAGCGGCUGAUCUAUCAUCACUUACCUCCAACCAUCCCUCAAAUGCCCCUGCACUGUCAUCAACACCUAGUGUUGCCACCUUGAAACCUGAGUGUACCCCAUCAUUACCAUCCCCUGGCCCUUCACUAGGUGGCUUUGAGCCAUCAUCACCUGCAUCAUUACCAGAUCUUGAACCCCCUUUACCUUCCCCUGUUCAAUUGAAACUGGUCAAAGCCCUUUCCUUACCUGUACCUGCCUCGUCAUUCCCAGCCCUUGAACAAUUACCGGUCCCAAACCUUUUUGUACUCUCUUCUGAACUUUCAUCACAUGCAUCGCUGUUAGCACUACCUGCCCCUGAUCCUUUUUUAACAACACCCUUUAUCCCAUUGUUGCCUUCCGCUCACCUUAACCCAUUACCCUUUGAGGCAGCCUCAUUUUCAUCUACCUCUCACCCUGGCUCACCUCCCUUGGACCCUGCCUCAUCAUUUCAAGUCAAUUAUGAACCAUUAACACGCCCUUCUACACCGUCUCCACUCCCAUUCCAGUUAUCUCCUUUUUCAUCAUUAGGUCCUGACCCAUUGUCACCAACCCCUUCACUUGCCGACUUCACUCACUUUUUCACGAUCUCUGAUGAGCUUGAGAUGACUGAAGACUUUCCAAGCAGUGAGGCGGCUCCUGUCCCAUGUCCUCAUGUCCCAACUUUAAUUACCCCUAGUGUACCAGUUAGUUCUACUCUACCAGUUGGUUCUAGUCAGCCAACCCAGAGCAUUAAACCCCAGAGAUCUAAGAAGAGAUCUAGGAAAGGAGUGAAAUCUGCCAAGGGUGAUCCACUCCGAGUGAUUGGUGGACCCACAGAUGUCACCAUGCAGCCCAACCUCGAGGAAGUUGAGGAGCAGCUGUUCGUCUCUUUCACCUCCAAGGUAACGCAUAGAUUGUUAAAUGUAUUUCCAUCUGUCAGCAUUUUGGUAACACUUUACUUGCAUUCACAACACCUUUAUGAAACGGUUUACAACACCUUUAUGAGUGUUACAGGUCAUUCAUAACAACCUUCGUACCACAAUUGUCAAAGAAAAGUUCAUCAUUCAAUUAGAUAAUUUCAAGGGCUGUUUACUAAGUGGCAUCCUGCCAAAUUGAGAGAUCACAAGAGAAGAUGCACAACGCUCAAUGCACACUGUCACUAACUGUUGACCCUUUGCUACUCCCAACCUGUUAUGUGAAAGGUGUUAUGAAUGCAUUAUGUACACCCCCUUCAAGUAAAGUGUUACCGUUAUUUCACGGUGUGUCACCUGUGUUUCCUCGGUUCUUGUUUAAGAGGCAGGUAGAUCUUUAACAAGGAAAUCCUUCCUUUGGUUAUAUUUGUUAUGAAGUGAAUAAAGUAAAGUUUUAUUUGUUUUCAACAGUCCACACUUUAUCUUUGCAAAAUAAUGCAGUACAAUAUAAUACAGUAUACAAUAUAAUACAGCAUAUUAUAAGCUGUACAAUAAGACAUAAGGGCUUAUACAAGCUUAUAACAAGUAACAAAGCACUAUAUCCAUUGGUUUCAAGUAAAGUGUCAUAUAUUUAAGUAAAGUGUUAUAAAUUACAGGAAGCACUUGAAGUCCACCUAGGAGAGCCUGCAUGUGAGACGACAACUGCACAACCUGAGAAAACCCCCGAGGCGAAAGAGAAUGGUAAAGAAAACAACAAUUUGAUCCAUCAUGUUCCCAAGCUGCUGUUAUGUGACAUCUGUUAAACUAUUUGUCUCUUUCAGUUGGAGGACCGGAAACCACAGAGGAAAGAAUAGCUGCUUUUGAGAAGGUUCUUUUGGAAGAUCUGAAGGUUAUGAAGCAUCGGCAGGUCAUACAUCCUGUGUUGCAAGAAGGUAACCAAAAUAAAUGGCAGUGAAUGACAGAGUAUUUACUUUUUAUUUUCAACAACUUACUUGCACACUAGCAUGGGUCAUGUCCCACUUUGCUUUUCAUGACAGUGUUCCCGUCAUGUUUAAUCCUACUCAUGACGGUAGAUUGCUUUUUUAUGAUACAGUUGAAGUCGGAAGUUUACAUACACUUAGGUUGGAGUCAUUAAAACUCGUUUUUCAACAACUCCACACAUUCUUUGUUAACAAACUAUGGUUUUGGCAAGUCAGUUAGGACAUGACACAAGUAAUUUUUCCAACAAUUGUUUACAGACAGAUUAUUUCAGUUAUAAUUCACUGUAUCAAAAUUCCAGUGGGUCAGAAGUUUACAUACACUAAGUUGACUGUGCCUUUAAACAGCUUGGAAAAUUCCAGAAAAUGAUUUCAUGGCUUUAGAAGCUUCUGAUAGGCUAAUUGACUAACCGUGAAGAACGGGGGUGGCAGCAUCAUGCUGUGGGGGUGCUUUGCUGCAGGAGGGACUGGUGCACUUCACAAAAUAGAUGGCAUCAUGAGGAAGGAACAUUAUGUGGAUAUAUUGAAGCAACAUCUCAAGACAUCAGUCAGGAAGUUAAAGCUUGGUCAAAAUGGGUCUUCCUAAUGGACAAUGACCCCAAGCAUACUUCCAAAGUUGUGGAAAAAUGUGUUAAGGACAACAAAGUCAAGGAAUUGGAGUGGCCAUCACAAAGCCCUGACCUCAAUCCUAUAGAAAAUUUGUGGGCAGAACUGAAAAAGCGUGUGUGAGCAAGGAGGCCUACAAACCUGACUCAGUUACACCAGCUCUGUCAGGAGGAAUGGGCCAAAAUUCACCCAACUUAUUGUGGGAAGCUUGUGGAAGGCUACCUGACACGUUUGACCCAAGUUAAACAAUUUGAAGGCAAUGCUACCAAAUACUAAUUGAGUGUAUGUAAACUUCUGACCCACUGGGAAUGUGAUGAAAUAAAUAAAAGCUGAAAUAAAUCAUUCUCUCUACUAUUAUUCUGACAUUUUACAUUCUUAAAAUAAAGCUGUUAUCCUAACUGACCUAAGACAGGGAAUUUUUACUAGGAUUAAAUGUCAGGAAUUGUGAAAAACUGAGUUUAAAUGUAUUUGGCUAAGGUGCAUGUAAACUUACGACUUCCAACUGUAUCUAGUAUACGCUUGAAGAUCGCUUAUCUGUCAUCUGUCUUCUUUGAAGUUGGACUGAAGAUGAGUUUACUGGAUCCCACUCUGGUCAUCGACCUGCAAUACUUAGGUGUUUGUCUACCUCUACCACCACCCAUCCUAUGUCCAGGACCAAGCACUGCAGGAUUGGCAUCUUGUCCAAGUUAGUAGUCGUUUGUUGUUAGAGUUUCUGUUUUGGCCAAAUGGUUGAGAGUAUUUGUUCAGUAACCCGUUUUAGGGUUUUAUGAAGAUAAGUUAAUACAUAUUGAAAGGAGCCAUUGUUCAUUGUCAUAUCUGUUUUUCAGGUGGUACAGUUCCCUUUGUUUCCAGGACGGGCAAGACAACAGACUUCACCCAAAUCAAAGGCUGGAGAGAUAAGAUUGUCCCCUCAGACUCCUCAGCAUCGUCCAAGCCUGAAGGUAAUAUUUACAUAGAAAUCCUUAUUUUCUGAUUUGAUUUGAUUAGCUACUCCUUUGUCGGAAAUAUUGCAUGGUGCUUUAAAGGUGACAAAACAAGAAGAGGGGAUAGAGUUGAGACUGUUUAUUCUUGACGUUUUAGCUCAGACCAGAGCUUGUGAGCGGAGUUGAGCGGCUCCGCCAGAAACCGCUCCACGCUCACAGGAAAAAAAAGUCCUGCUUUAAAUUCGCUCCAUUCAUUACAAUCACAAUUUAACCAACAGCCAUCUAUUGUUGUGACUACCUAGACCUACCAAUUGGUUUUUAAGUAUUGAAACCAAACCAUACGGAUUUGAAUGAAAAGUAUUUGAAUAAACAUGAAAAGGUGAAUGUAAGAAGCGAACAUCAUUUCAAAUAGGCUAGAUGUCAUAUUAAACAGCAUAUAAACACUCUAAAUAGGUCAGGAGCCAGACAGAGAGCCUAAGAAGGAACAAACAUGAAUUUAUUAAGGCUAUAUUAUAAAAAUUAUUUCAAGGCUAUAGCCUACAAAGAAAUACAUUGUGAAGCGUUUGCGAGGGCGACGCAAAAGACUGGUAGGGACAUAAAGCAUGCAGCAUUUAAACAUUUCGUUGUAUUAAAUCUAUAAAUUGCACAUAUACAGUUGAAGUUGGAAGUGUUCAUUCACUUAGGUUGGAGUCAUUAAAAAGUUUAAGCUUGGUCGCAAAUGGGUCUUCCAAAUGGACAAUGACCCCAAGCAUACUUCCAAAGUUGUGGCAAAAUAGCUUAAGGACAACAAAGUCAAGGUAUUGGAGUGGCCAUCACAAAGCCCUGACCUCAAUCCUAUAGAAAAUGUGUGUGCAGAACUGAAAAAGCGUGUGCGAGCAAGGAGGCCUACAAACCUGACUCAGUUACACCAGCUCUGUCAGGAGGAAUGGGCCAAAAUUCACCCAACAUAUUGUGGGAAGCUUGUGGAAGGCUACUCGACACGUUUGACCCAAGUUAAACAAUUUAAAGGCAACGCUACCAAAUACUAAUUGAGUAUAUGUAAACUUCUGACCCACUGGGAAUGUGAUGAAAGAAAUAAAAGCUGGAAUAAAACAUUCUCUCUACUAUUAUCUGACAUUUCACGUUCUUAAAAUAAAGUGGUGAUCCUAACUGACCUAAGACGGGGAACUUUUACUAGGAUUAAAUGUCAGGAAUUGUGAAAAACUGUAUUUGGCUAAGGUGUAUAUAAACGUAGUGCCUUUUGAAUUCAUUUUUAGAAACGGGAGUUUGGCCAGUUUGUGGCUUCAGGCUCAUGCGAUGGUGCCUGGAGAGCCGGCCAGCAGCGGAGAAUAUCAUCUCCACACUUGCAGAGCCACUGGGGAUGCUAAACACCCUUUUGGCCAGGCAGGGCAGAGAUGCAGAGUUAUUUUCUAUUUUUCUAUAGGUAGGCUUAAAGGUUUUUAGGCAAAAUAACCCAAUCAAAACGGAAAGCUCCUUGAAUGUGGGAAUAUGCCAGGCCUUUUGGGCCAAAAUCAAUGAUUGCCUAUUGUCUAGAUAAUAGAAAGAAAAUGAACGAAACGUUUAAGAGAUCUGAUUUAGUUUAUAAGUACUUUGCUACAAUGACACACAGUUAUCUACCAACCUAGUUCCUUUCUUUUAGCAUGUGCACAUAGUAAGUACACCAUCAUACUUUUGGGAUAAGUGUCUUUUCAGAUUCCACAAUAAUUAUUUAGUUGUGGAUGUUUCAUGUAGCCAGCGUGUAACAACUUCCAUAUCCCGUGCGUAGAUCAAUGGCAUCCGGUCUAUAACCUAACAGUUUAGCACCAUACCAGCAGGUGGCUUCCAAGCCUUACAAUUAAGUGGACACUCCCUCUCUUGCUCUUGGUCCUCAUCUUUGUAAGUCACCUUGAUUCAGCACCUGUGUGUUUUAUCAGUUUCUUUAUGAAAAUAUAUAUUUAGCGAACUCCAUGACGGUAGCUAAAGCAAGGGGCUAUUAGCAGCACACAAGUAGACUACAAAUGCAUGCUGGGGCGGGCAUGCCCUGAGCUGGUGAAGUGAGCGCUACUGGAGUGAAAAUGGAGUGGGUGAGAAGGCCGAUGCUCCAGCCUUCGGGAAUCUCGGUCCACGCACUAGUGAAAUUGAGCACGCUCCGUUCCUCGCUCCGCUCACAUACUCUGGCUCUGACGUCUUGAGAAAGGCCUUAAAUUAACCAGUGUCUGCAAUAUCCCUUCUUCUUGUUUUUGCUAUAGUAUGUAGCCCAAUAGGCUUUAAAGAUGGCUUAAGUUCAGAUGUGGUCCCGAAGAACCUGUCGGCCUUCUGCAGUGACAUGCUGGAUGAGUAUCUGGCUAACGAAGGCAAACUCAUCGACGAGCGCGCUGCCAGUUUCACCCAGACCACCGUCGUCACCCCUGUGACCUACCAGCUGCCCACCAAGAGCACCAGCUACGUCCGAACCCUGGACAGUGUGCUGAAGAAACAGGCACCGGCACCUUCUACCACCUUUGUCCCCCCAUCCCCCCCAAAAAAAACUGCCCCUCGCAUCCAAAGGACCUAA